AUGGCAAUGGCGCCAUCACGCAGGAAUCAACGACACCGCCAAUCCUCUCUCUCUCUCUCCAUCGCCCCCAAUUCCGCCGUGCCCGAGCAACUUCCGCCCGUAUCCGCCCUGUUUCUUAUCGAUUUCGACGUCAAAGCCGGCUACACCAUUACCUGGAAGCGCUCCGUGCCUCAUGUCGAACUAGACGGCCAGGUCGAGUACAAGUCGCUGCCGUCGGGCUUGCACACCGUUCGCCAUGACUUGAUUUACUUUGUCGACGGCGCCCACGCCGGCCUCAGUGCCUUUGUAAAUGAGCCAUGUGAGGAGGAGGAAGCUAGGAAUGCCAGGAUGAUUGCCGUAGGGGUCCUCGUACCAUUGAGCUAUGGGCGACUGGGGAGAGCUUGGAGGCAUGCCGAGAAUUUGAAGGAGUUGGCGGCCAUCUUGGCCAAAGAUCGCAGUCAGACUGGUGUUUUGGAAAAGUAUUGGAAUUCUCACAAGGCCAGCGAGAACGAGGGACAGCCAAACGACUUGGGGCCAGCCAACCUGCCCGAUUCACCAACUCAAGAGCGAAGAACACACAAGCGCAAGGGUUCGGCAUCGGACGGGACCUCCUUGCCGCCUGCUGAGCACAGGCUGAGCCCAUUUCACCCUGCCUGGAGCUUGGUCAGUCUUUUGGACAAGUUUGGUCCUCUUAUAUUCCCUAUCCAUAGAGCAGCACUGCUACGCAAGCGGAUUCUCAUCUCUUGUCACGCUCCUGUUCAUGAAAUUUGUGACUUUGUAUACGACAUUUCAAUUCUUUCUAAUAUACCCUUCUCCGUUGCCGAUAGACUCCCACCCUCAUCACCCACGCCACGCCUACGGCCCCUAUUCACCAUUGGCGUGCACGACAUUCCCUUUCUCAUGGAAGACUUUGAGGCUUCCAAGCGCCGCCAAGACGGCACCGCAGACUCCGGAGGAGAGGCAGGUUCCGGCUGGAUCGCUUGUACCACAGACAGCAUUCUAGCCAUGAAAGACACCCUCUGGGACAUGCUCAUCACCAUGCCCCCGGAGCACUCCACCAACGCCGUGGACAAAGUCUGGCCAACAGUAGAGUACCCCCGUGGCACACCUGUCAAAGCUACCCAACGCGACCUGCGGCGCUUCAACGCCCUUCGCAGCGGCCUCAUCCGCCUCGCCUCCUCCCCUCAACAGCAAGAGCCAGACUCCCCACCCUUUAACUCCUCUGCCGUUCGCCUCUCCACCAGCCACUCCCACCGGCUCGUCAAGGACGAGGAGGACCCUCACAUUGACGAGCUCAUCGAGCCUCUAUCGUGGGCUGCACUAGCCUACAACGGCUACAUGUGGUGGGCAUCCGCCGGCGAGCAGCUACGCUCCGAAGAACAUGAAGAGUCCUCCCGGGACGCGGCUCUCCUUGCGGACCUCGCGCCCGCACCCGCGUCCUCCCCCCGCCCCCUGUCCGAAUCACUCGCCUCCCUCACCAGCCGCCGCGCAUCCAACCCCGACGAAGCACGCACCGAACUCGCCAUCAUCGCCUACUUCCACCGUCUUACUACCCAAAUGCUCUCCAUAAUAGUCGACCUCGUCGAGUCCGCCGACGAGGCGUAUCCCUCUCCGUACAGAGACGAACAAGGCAGCGAGUUAGACGACCAGGAAGGCGACGAGGCUGAGGUUUUGUUGAAUAGCGGCGGUCUAGGUCUAGAUGCAAAUGUCAUCACUGUAGAUAGCCACUGUAUUGAGAACAUGGGUCUAGACGUGUGGAGUGCGUCCGACGCAGCGUUUGUACAAGAUUUGGUCGACGCGUAUUUCGGCAGGGCCUCGAGAAUCGAAGGGAAGGGCGUCGAGGUCUGCGGCGUGAGGGUUUGUUGA